GGAGAGGAGAGAGGAGAGGAGAGGAGAGGGGGAGAGAGAGACCGGGGGUUCACGGCUUGCAAACGGCCGGCCGGUCCAGCUGCACUUUCUCCUCCGCCGCUGCUGCCGCGGGGGGAAUUAAAUUAUUUCAAAACAACCUCACACAAGAGAGAGGAGGUGUAGUGUUGGACAAGGGGAGCGCAGACAGACAAGAGAGGGUAAGAAAUGAUGAAGACCGAGUUCUGGGACCUGCUGUAAGGACAGGAAGGAAGGCGAGAUGGCAGUGCAUGUUUUCAAAUGCCUGCGCCGACCCGGGCGCUAGAACAACCAACAGGGCGUCUGUGGUUUGUUUGUGUGUGUGUGUGUGUGUGUGUGUGAGAAGUGAGUCAGUGUGUGAGUGUGUAGGGCCACCCAGUGUUUUGACAGGAGAGUUAUGGAAUAUGAGGAGCCCGACGUGCCCCCAGCUGACACCCCCAUCAAAAGAGGAGGAGUUGUGUCCAAGAAGACUCAUUUGACCCAGAUUGAAGUUAUCCCAUGCAAGAUCUGCGGUGACAAAUCCUCUGGAGUGCAUUAUGGAGUCAUCACAUGUGAGGGCUGCAAGGGAUUUUUCCGGCGUAGUCAGCUGCCUACUGUAUCCUACUCCUGCUCCAGGCAGAGCAACUGUCAGAUCGACCGGGCCAGCCGCAACCGCUGCCAACACUGCCGUCUGCAGAAGUGCUUGGCGCAGGGCAUGAGCAGAGAUGCGGUGAAAUUUGGACGGAUGUCCAAACGUCAGCGGGACUCCCUGAUCGCUGAAGUGGAGAGGCACCGACAGCAGCAACAGCAGCAACAGCAGCAGCUUCAGGGAGACGCCCAGUCUGUCUUGUCCUACUCCACCAAGGCCCGCCAAGACCGCUCCCCACAGCUCCUUCAGCCCAUGGCCUACUCCUUCACCGGGGAAACUGAGCUGCUGACCUACACUGCUGAUGUUCACCCAUACCUGCUGUGCUCCCCAAACGAGUCACAGGUGUCAGGUAUGAUCUACCGAGGCUCCGGUGUCUCUCCCACUUUAAGAUCCCAGGGGAGGGGAGACAACAGCGGACAUCCCGACGUAAGAGGAUUUGACUCCAGACAGCCAUCUCAUGAUCUGAUGGCCAUUCAUCCCUACAACCCUCUCGAGGAUCCUUACAGCCUCUAUCCUCACUCUCUAAGAAACAUAGAUGAGCUGUGUGCCAGCAUUGUGCGUUCCCACAGAGAGACCAGCCAGUACAGAGUGGAGGAGCUGCAGGCUCUCAGAUGGAAAUUGUUCAGCAGAGAGGAGAUCCAAGCCUACCAGAGCAAAUCAGUGGAUGAGAUGUGGCAGCACUGUGCCGUCCGACUGACUGAUGCCGUGCAAUAUGUGGUGGAGUUCGCGAAACACAUCCCAGGCUUCCGUAUGCUCAGCCAAAACGACCAGAUUGCUCUCCUGAAGACCGGCUCCAUGGAGGUGGUUCUGGUCAGGAUGAGUCGGUUCUUCAACACGGAAAACAACACCGUCUUCUUUGACGGGAAAUUUGCUGGAGGGGAAGUCUUCAAGUCCUUGGCAUGUGGUGAUUUAAUCACUGCGGUGUUUGACUUUGCUCAUGGUAUGUGUGCUCUAAAGCUCACUGAGCACCAGAUCGCUCUCUUCAGUGCUCUGGUGCUGAUCAACACUGAUCGUCCAAGUCUGGAGGAUAGAAGCAGGGUUCAGCGAGUGCAAAGAAGCGUGGAGUUAGGACUCACACACAUUCUGCGCCGAGACAACCAAGAAAGUCUAAUGCACAAGCUCUACCAGAGGAUGGCGGUGUUGCGUUCACUGUGCAGUCUGCACAUGGAGAAGCUGCGCUGGUUCAGUCAGCGUUACCCGCUCACCGCUCACUCUCUGUUCCCUCCACUCUACAAGGAGCUGUUUGCCUCUGAGGCAGAGCUGCUGCCGGGGACCACUCACUGAUGAUUUAGUAGAAUAUGCAAAGACACAGUCGUACACACACACACACACACACACACACACACACACACAUACACACACACAUUAUUUUAAAUCUCAUCAUUACUUCCUGACAGAAUCUAUUUUUCUAAUAAUAAAAAAUGAGAGAGAAGCACAAUAGUUGUAGUGUGUUAAGUAUUACAUGACUCCCAGCAGAGCUUUUUGGUAGAUUGUGUCAAACAUAAAUUUCCAUAUUUUGAUAGCUUAAAACUAUUUUGAUUAUUCCAGGGAAACAGAUGUUUUGUUGUUCUUUGACAGUACCUUUUCAGUGGGAUUCAUUUUCUCUCAGGAGUGUGCUUUUGUGAUUCUGUCCAGUUGUUACAGUUGUUGUGUGUUCAGACAUAGAGAUUCAAAGAGGCAGCACAAACUUAAAAUGGUAAAUAACUCAGACUGUUCUUGUAGAAUUAAAUAUUAUAAGUAACCUUUAUGCCUCAAAACAUUUUCAUCUCAACAUCAUUGCUGUAUUAUACUGUUUUCGCAAUGUCAGACAUUUGAAUGAUAAUAUAUUGCGUCACAACUAUUCCCUUCAACAACAACAAUCGGAAGACAUCAUUUUUGUUAAAUGCCAGUAAACUGUAAGACUCUUGUCCUCAUUGUGACAGUCUCAGAAACAACUGAGCUGAAUGUGAUAUGUGUACAUAUUCAGUGCUAAACACACCCAAAAAGAGACAAGAGACCUGCCUCAUUGCAUCUGUAUGUCUCUAAAGAAAUGUUUCUCCUCAGGUUGAUGUUGUCACAGAUUGACUAAUAAGUCCUACAAAGUGGCAGUACCUCUAAAAUGUUAUCCUUUGUGUUUGAAUAAAUCCUCACAGGCUUUUAUAUCUUUUGAGCUUUGAAAAGAUGUUGCAUUAAAUGUAGAAUAAAUAUUAAAUUACAAAAAUGUGGAGAUACAGUAGAAGUCUCUUCCUCUGUGUGCAAACUUUUCCCCUUUUUUCAGAUUAACCUGCAUAUGUUUUGUUUUCUCUACAUAUCUUUAAAUAAAGCCAUGAGUGCAGAGGAAAUGAUGAGAGGUUUCAGCAUUAAGUAAUACAUGUCUGGAUGUAGUUCGUCCUGUUCCUGGAACAGUGGAGGUUAUAAUGAAGAUAAUUCCAUGUAACUCUUAUAAUAAACUGCUGAGCCCGUGACACCAAA